CGGUGCUUUGGCAAUGCUACUUCCGGCGCUGCGCCUGGCGCGGCCUGGGGUCGGUCGUGCUGUUGUCGCUGCCGCUACCUUCAGGCUCCGGUCAGGCCAGAGUUGUAGCGUCGUCACCGCCUCCGCCGCCAUGGCGAAGAGCAAGUUCGAAUACGUGCGGGACUUCGAAGCGGAGGACGCGUGUCUGCCCAACUGCUGGGUCGUGGUCCGGUUGGACGGGCGCGGCUUCCACCGCUUUGCUGAACAGCAUGGCUUUAGGAAGCCUAAUGAUGAUCGUGCUCUUCAGCUGAUGAACAAGUGUGGCCAGACAGUGAUGCAGGAGCUGGAAGAUAUCGUCAUUGCAUAUGGUCAAAGCGAUGAAUUCAGCUUUGUUUUCAAAAAGAAGAGCAAUUGGUUUAAAAGAAGAGCAAG